GCGGAGGCUCGUCGUUUCCUCUUCUGUGAGUGAGCAGUAGUACAGGGGCAGUGUAGUGCUUCACACGAGCGGGGUUUGUUUUUUAGUUAACGGCAGUGUUUAGCGUUAACAAGGGCCUGACGAUGGCAGACAAGAUGGAUAUGUCCUUAGACGACAUCAUCAAGCAAAACCGGCAGCGCGGGGGCGGCGGGCGCGGCGGCGGCGGCGGGAGAGGAGGCCGCGGCGGCCGCGGAGGCGCAGGCGGAGGCCGCGGUGUUGGCGCCGGCGGGCGCCUCGGAAACACAGGCGGAGGCUUUGGAGGCCGCGGCGGGGGAUCGGGCCCCAUGAGGAACCGCCAGAACCUGAGCCGCGGAAGAAGCAGACCUACGCCGUACAGCAGGCCCAAGCAGCUCCCAGACAAGUGGCAGCAUGACCUGUUUGACAACGGCUACAGUACGAACGCUGGCGGUGGAGGCGGAGGCGGCGGUGGUGGAGCGGGCGUGGAAACCGGAGGAAAGCUCCUCGUGUCCAAUCUCGACUUCGGCGUCUCCGAUGCAGACAUUCAGGAACUCUUCGCUGAAUUUGGCACUUUGAAGAAAGCAGCAGUACAUUACGAUCGGUCAGGACGCAGCCUCGGCACUGCAGAUGUUCACUUUGAGAGGAAAGCAGACGCCCUGAAAGCCAUGAAGCAGUACAACGGUGUUCCGCUUGAUGGUCGCCCAAUGAACAUUCAGCUCGUUACAUCACAGAUCGACGCACAGAGGCGAACUCCGAUGCAGGGUCUAAAUCGUGGAGGUGGUGGCAUGAACAGAAACAGAAUUGGGAGCUUUGGUGCUCAGAAAGGUCGCGGGGGACGUGGUGGUGGUGGUGGUGGUGGUGGAGGAGCCAGAGGUCGGGGGCGAGGCGGUCGAGGAGGCGGCGGAAGCAGCAAACAGCAGCUCUCUGCUGAAGAGCUGGACGCCCAGCUAGAUGCCUAUAACGCCAGGAUGGAUACCAGCUAAACACUUCGAGUCAAGCUGCAUUCCACACUGUUCUGACGUGGGACAGUGGUCAUCGUUGUAAUAGCUUUGAACAUGCCGGAUGUUUUACACUCUCGUCUUCAGAAGUGGUUUAAAUUUGUGUAUCAAUCUUUUUCUCCUUUUAAAAUGCUCGUGUUUUUUACCUACUUUGUUUUAUUUUUGGUUUCCUUUUUGAGAAAAACCUGGUUGGACUGUAGGAUUUAAGGGGUGGUCUUCUCUUAACCAUCCUUGUGUAGAUCAUUGAAAUAAAAACCUGCAGUAUUUAGUAACCACA